AAAAACGUGUCGAGAAUAAUUCUAAGAAUAAAAAGAACAUGCGACUAUGAUAGUUAUAAAUUUAUAGAUUUUUUUGUUAAACUUCUCUUUGUAUCAUAGAAGUUGAAGAGAAUUGGAAUAGUGAGAAAAAUUUCCAGUAAAUAGAAGAAAAUGGAGAUUGCAAACUUGACACAUACGUUACAUACCGUACAGAUAAUUCCCAAUGACAUGUAUUUAAAAAGAUUGUAUAAUUUUAUGCUAUUGAAUUAUUUAGUGAACAUUCGAGACAUUAACAAUUCGAUAGUAAUUAUUAAUGCAUUUGGCGUCUAUCUAAACGAAUAUGAAUUCCAUGAAGAAUACUCUAAUCGUUUGACACAAUAUUUAUUGGACGAGAAUUUUAUGAUACAAACAAAUAUCACGUACGAUAAGAAUUUUAAGAGAAUACUCUAUGAUCACAUAAUAUGUAGCGUUGUUUUUGAAGAGUAUGGCAAUAUCUAUGGAUUUUUAGCCGAAGCUUAUAGAAGAGGAAGAGAAAAUCAAACAAUUGAUCGUUUUCUCAAUAAUGCGAGAAUAUUGCUAAGCAGUAUAAAAAAACAAUUUCAAUAUUCAAGAGCAAUGCUCAAUGUGAACCUAGUGGAAAGAAUAUUUCAUGGAAUAAUUAUUCCCCUAUUUCCAGGUUCUAGGGGAACUUUGAUAAAUUCAUUGGAUUUCAUUUACGCUCAAGCUGGUUCAAUUCUUUAUAAUUCGGCUUUGAUGAAGUACAAUUAUUUCUUUGAUCUUUCAAUUGAUGAGAAAUCACCAAAAUAUUCCAGUCAACAGUACAUUUUUGAUGAUUGCCUCGAAAUUGGUUUGUCAGUUCAGCAAUUAGUUAUUUCUGGUGAAAUUCCUAAGACAGCUUUAGAGAUUUUUGUCCUACCGGCACUUUUAAAUUAUGUCCAGACUGAAAGGAAGAAUCUCGAACACGAGUCUAUAAGGACUAUCAUUUCUGAUCAAAAACACUGGAAUAAGGCUUUGGAACAAUUAUUUUUGAAAAUGAAAAAAACAUUGGAAUUUGUCAACAUUUUGGAUGUUUUUGAUCAAAAAUACAAAUACCACCUGGCUUUAUUUCAUUACGAAAAUGAAACACAAUUUGCAAAGAGAAUGUUGUUGGAGAAUUGUGAAUUUCACGAUAACGCUCGAUUAGAAGAAGAAACAGUAAAUUAUGUAAAUAAUUCCAAUUACACAUGUUCUGAAAAUAAAAAACUACUUCCCUUGGUUGAAGCUCUCAAGAACAGAGAUCGAGAAUUUCUUUAUAAAUAUUAUUUUCAAAGAAAGGCAAUAAGUGACGAUGUUGAUAAAAAUAGAUCGGUAACAUUAGCCAGAGGAAGAUUGACAAUUAAUGGGGAAAGUUUCAUUGUUUGUAAUAAUAAAGGAUCGGAAUCAAAUUCCCAGCAUGUGAAUAAAACUGAACAAAUUCGAAAAUUAGGAGAAACUCACAAAGCAGGAAAGAAUAGAAAAAACUUUCAACUCCGGAAUGAAAGGAAUGUUCUUGAAACUGAAAAUUUAACGAGUAUACUGGAGAAGGGAGAAAAUAAAACGGAAAUAUUUAUUUCGACAUCAGAGAAAAUUGAAAAGGAAUUACCAAAAUUGGAGUCAAGAAAAAAUUAUUGUUUCUCUUUGCUUUAUGCAUGCAUUGCAGGGAUCAUUGAAGGGAAUCGAAUUAGUUCACCAAAUAAUUGUCCAAUACGAGGAGCAAUUCGAUUUUAUGAUGUAACAAGAUGGGAUGCUAUUACUGCACAAUUAAUAACAUUUGACACUCGAUUUAGAUUAUUCAAAUUUGGAAUUUCAAUGAGGACAAUAGCUCUAAUAAAUUCGAUGCAAACGGCUUUUAAGGACAACAACAAUCGGACAAUGACCCCACAACAUCUAACGAACAACAUGAUAAGUGAUAUUAAAUUUCCAAAAUUCCCAGCAAUUGAUGUUGGUUAUGAGAUUGGAAGUAUUUUAGGCAGUGAUGGUUUAAAUGCUAUAGAAAAUUUGAUAACAACGAUUGAGAAAGACUUUUUUGUUUCAUACUUACCUGCGACUCGGAACUACAGCAUAAACUUUAGAAAUUUCGGGUAAUUUUAAUUAUUUUUUUUGUUAAUUGAAUUGCUUUACAGUAGAGGUAAUUAUUUUAAAAAUUGUAAUUGUAUGACAUUAAAAAUUUGUUUUAGAGAUGUA